UCAAAGCAGGAAUCAUUGGCAGGAACAAGCUGACGAAUCCUCUUUCGUUGAUUAUUCUUUAUCGAACAUGUUGUCAGAAAGUGUUGAAACACGUAAAGAGCUCUCUAAGCAGUUACAUAAUGAUGGAAGCCCUAGAGAAGAUGAACGUGAAGUAGAAACAUCAAGAGAAUACCAUCGCAGCAAUUUUGAACGAGAACGAAAGCAUGACUCGUUAUCGCGCAAUUCCAGUCGCUAUCAACCUUACACAUCAAGCAAAUCGGACCGUGAAUCUAGAUUGAGUAAACGAGACACAAAUGCGAAGUUAUACGUUUACAAUUUACCCUACUCCCUUAGAUGGCAGGAACUGAAAGAUCACAUGAAGAAAGCGGGAGAUGUAGUAUAUGCUGAUAUACUUGAAGAUCCUUCUGGUCGGUCCAAGGGCUGUGGGAUUGUUGAGUUUGUUUCAUCUGAAGGUGCUCGUCGAGCAAUCAGUGAAUUGCACGACACCAAUCUUGGUGGUCGACUGGUGAAAAUUAAAGAGGACGCAAUGGAAAUUGACAAUCGUCCCACAAGAUCUAGGGAUCGUAGUAGUUUUGAUAGGGAUAACCGGGGCUUUUCCGGACCUGUAAAUAACAUGGCAGGAUUGGGCAUGCUUGGUCAGUUAGGAAUGGGUCAGUUUGGUUUAUUGCAACAGAUGAAUUCAAAGUCAGAUGUCACAUCUUGUUCUGUCUUUGUAAGCAAUUUGGAUUACACUGUAAAUUGGAUGAAAUUAAAGGACGCUUUCAAGAUUGCAGGAAAAGUUGUUCGUGCUGAUGUUGCAGAAGAUAGUGAUAAGAAAUCUCGUGGUCAUGGAACUGUGCAAUUUGAAACACCCCUAGAAGCAGUUAAUGCUGUUUUUCAACUGAAUGGUCAAUUAAUUAAUGGAAGGAAAAUGACUGUCAGACUGGACCGCGAGUCUCCAUAUUUUAACAUGUUUGGCAACAUGGAUGGUGGGAAAACUGCUUCUGCAAAUCUUCAAAAUUUUUCCAGUUUAUCAGGACUUACAGGUUUAGCUGGAAUGGCAGGUUUUGGGGGAGGAGUUAACCCACUGGCUUUACUUCAACUACAGAACCUUCAAUCCCAGUUUGCAGGUUUUGGCAAUGGUUCAGGUCUUGGAGGAAAUGUAUCUGGCUUGGGUAAUCUUGCAGGUUUGGGCAAUCUUGCUGGUCUAGCUGGGCUUGGUUCAAGUUCUACUGGCAGUUUGGCAAAGUCUUCUCGAGGUGCAACCGAUAACUCCUUUGGGAACUCAUACAAUCCUAAUUCAAGUUCUGUUGACAGUGGGUCCAUGGGGAAUCCAUAUGCAUUUUUAAUGCAACAUUUAAGCAGGUUGCAGGGGCAAACUGGUGGAUCACUGGGGUUUUCUUCAAGUCCAACCCAGUUCAAAGGGGAUCCAUCAAAGCAGGUGUUUGUCAGAAAUUUACCGUGGAAAGUUACUUGGCAAGAUCUGAAAGAUAAGUUCCGAGAAGCAGGUCAUGUUGUGAGAGCAGAUGUUCUUCUCGAUGAUAAGAAUAGAUCAAAAGGAUGUGGAACGGUGAUGUUUGAAACUGCUGAAGAGGCCAAAAAUGCCGUGUGUAUCUUUUAAAAUGAAUGAAUGAAGGAAGGAAUGCAUGAAGGAAGGAAGGAGGGAGGGAGGGAAGAAGGAAGGAAUGCAU